AUGAUUGACCAUGUCUUCAGUAGUGUAGCGGUACCCAUCACGUUUAGCCAAUUGUGGGUUGAUGCGAGUUUGUUAAUAUCUAUCUAUCUAUCUAUCUAUCUAUCUAUCUAUCUAUCUAUCUAUCUAUCUAUCUCAUCUGUUAAUAUCUAUCUAUCUAUCUAUCUAUCUAUCUAUCUAUCUAUCUAUCUAUCUAUCUAUCCAAACGAGACCUCGCCUGGUAAACGUCUCCCAGGGGAUAAACAAACGAAAAGUCACUUCCUUCCUUCCUUCCUUCCUAUCUAUCUAUCUAUCUAUCUAUCUAAAUCUCUUCAUUAUCUAAGUCUCUUCAUUAUCUAUCUAUCUCAGCCUGUUACUAUCUCUCUCUCUGUCUUUGUCUCUCCUUCUAUCUCUCUCUCUCUCUAUAUAUAUAUAUAUAUAUGUGGCAUUUCAUAUCAAUCAUUUUAUCAUAUCUAUCUAUCUAUCUAUCUAUCUAUCUAUCUAUCUAUCUUUUCAAACGGUUCAUAUCUAUCUAUCUAUCUAUCUAUCUAUCUAUCUAUCUAUCUAUCUAUCUAUCUAUCUAUCUUUUCAAACGGUUCAUAUCUAUCUAGCUAUCUGUCUGUCUGUCUCUCUGUCUGUCUGUCUAUCUAUCUAUCUAUUUUCAAAUUGUUCAUAUUUAUCUAUCUCUAUUUUCUAACGGUCCAUAUCUAUCUAUCUAUCUAUCUAUCUAUCUAUCUAUCUAUCUAUCUAUCUAUCUAUCUAUUUCCAAACGGUUCAUAUGUAUCUAUCUAUUUUUUAAAUUGUUCAUAUUUAUCUAUCUCUAUUUUCAAACUGUUCAUAUCUAUCUAUCUAUCUAUCUAUCUAUCUAUCUAUCUAUCUAUCUAUCUAUCUCAUCUUCAUUUUCAUUAUUUUGACAUAUCUAUCUAUCUACCUAUCUUUUCAAACGGUUUAUCUAUCUAUCUAUCUAUCUAUCUAUCUAUCUAUCUAUCUAUCUAUCUAUCUAUCUAUCUUUUUCAAACGGUUCAUAUCUAUCUAUCUAUCUAUCUUUUUCAAACGGUUCAUAUCUAUCUAUCUAUCUAUCUAUCUAUCUUUUUCAAACGGUUCAUAUCUAUCUAUCUAUCUAUCUAUCUAUCUAUCUAUCUAUCUAUCUAUCUAUCUAUCUUUUUCAAACGGUUCAUAUCUAUCUAUCUAUCUAUCUAUCUAUCUAUCUAUCUAUCUAUCUAUCUAUCUAUCUAUCUAUCUAUCUAA